AUGAUAGACCGAAAUAUGAAAAAUAUUUUGCUGGUAUCCAUUGGAUUUUUAUCUCUGUUCACAGCUUAUGGAGGACUUCAGAGUUUACAGAGCAGUCUGAAUGCCGAGGAUGGGAUGGGGGUGACAUCUCUCAGUGUUAUCUAUGCCUCCAUCAUCCUGUCACCCAUGUUCCUAACACCCAUUCUCAUCAAAAACCUGGGCUGCAAAUGGACUAUUGUUGUCGGCAUGGGCUGCUAUGUGACCUAUUCAAUUGGGAACCUCUAUCCAGGAUGGUACACUCUGAUCCCCACCUCUGUGAUCCUGGGUAUGGGAGGUUCUCCACUAUGGUCAGCCAAGUGUACCCUUCUCACCAUCUGCGGCAACCUGCAAGCCCCUAAAGAAAACAAGGCAGCAGCGGAUGUUAUCAAUAAGUACUUUGGCAUAUUUUUCUUGAUAUUCCAGUCUUCGGCUGUAUGGGGAAACCUCAUGUCGUCGUUGAUAUUUGGUUCAGAUACAGAUAUACCUGACAUCUCUGAGGAAGAUCUACAAUAUUGUGGUGCAGGUGUGUGCGUUGAUAUCAAUGUAAACUCUAUGACCAAAAGACCAGCACAAGAAUUGGUCUGGACACUAGUCGGCUGCUAUAUUGGUAAGAACCUACUAUCAGUGUUACAGUUCCGCAGCUGA